GGCGGCCGAGGCCGAGCGUCUUCCGUCAUUUCCGGCGCUUCAACGGGCGUUUCCGGUAGUCUUUGCAAACCUUGGAGGUAGUAAUUUAAGCAAUGCCGAUUUUAUUAAUUGAUUUGCAAACACAAAGAAAGCUCGGCGGAUAAUUUGUGGGCCAUUAAUUAAGAGCCCUUGAUUUUUACGUUGAGAAAUCUUAACGUACUUUACUUCUUUUAACCUGCGGCUUGGGGCAUCGGAGAGAAACCUCCGUCUCUAUAUAAGGCAUUUCCGGCCUCGUUGCGGGCCUUUUUCCCUGUUAGCGCUCGGCAGCGACCGUCUGCGCUCCUCUUCCUCCGCUGCCGCCCAGUUCCCUAUCAGCCGUCGCCAUGGGUUUUGGAGACCUGAAAAGCCCCGCCGGCCUUCAGGUGCUCAACGACUACUUGGCGGACAAGAGCUACAUCGAAGGGUAUGUUCCGUCACAAGCAGAUGUGGCAGUAUUUGAAGCAGUCUCCGGCCCACCACCUGCCGACUUGUGUCAUGCCCUACGUUGGUAUAAUCACAUCAAAUCUUACGAAAAGGAAAAGGCCAGCCUGCCAGGAGUGAAGAAAGCUUUGGGCAAGUAUGGCCCUGCUAAUGUGGAAGACACCACAGAAAGUGGAGCUACAGAUAGUAAAGAUGAUGAUGACAUUGAUCUCUUCGGAUCUGAUGAUGAGGAGGAAAGUGAAGAAGCCAAGAGGCUAAGAGAAGAACGCCUUGCACAGUAUGAGUCAAAGAAAGCCAAAAAACCAGCACUUGUUGCCAAGUCUUCCAUCUUAUUAGAUGUGAAACCUUGGGAUGAUGAGACAGAUAUGGCAAAACUAGAGGAGUGCGUCAGAAGCAUUCAAGCAGAUGGCUUAGUCUGGGGCUCUUCUAAACUAGUUCCGGUGGGGUAUGGAAUUAAAAAACUUCAAAUACAGUGUGUAGUUGAAGACGAUAAAGUUGGAACGGAUAUGCUGGAGGAGCAGAUCACUGCUUUUGACGAGUAUGUGCAGUCUAUGGAUGUGGCUGCAUUCAACAAGAUCUAAAAUCCAUCGUGGAUCAGUGCUCUUAAAUAAAAGCUUGAAAGACA